CCACCACCACCGCGUCUCAGCAGCUUAAGCAGGACACACAUCUUCUUCCCCUCCGAGAUCCAAAUCACCAAACUGACAGCAGCCCAGAUCCACCCACCCCACCUCACCUCUCUCGCCCCCGCCGGUGGGUUUAGGGGCGGCCGCCGGAGAGGGAGGGCGGCGGCGAGACGAGAUGCUGACCAAGUUCGAGACCAAGAGCAACCGGGUCAAGGGCCUCGCCUUCCACCCGCGGCGCCCAUGGAUCCUCGCCAGCCUCCACAGCGGGGUCGUCCAGAUGUGGGACUACCGCAUGGGCACCCUCCUCGACCGCUUCGACGAGCACGACGGCCCCGUACGCGGCGUCCACUUCCACAAGACACAGCCGCUCUUCGUUUCCGGAGGUGACGAUUACAAGAUCAAAGUGUGGAACUACAAGACGCACCGCUGCCUCUUCACGCUCCAUGGCCACCUUGACUACAUCCGCACUGUCCAGUUCCACGACGAGCACCCGUGGAUCGUCAGUGCCAGCGACGACCAGACAAUCCGUGUCUGGAACUGGCAGUCGCGCACCUGCGUGGCGGUGCUGACGGGGCACAAUCACUAUGUCAUGUGUGCUUCCUUCCAUCCCAAGGAGGACCUGGUCGUGUCAGCGUCUCUGGAUCAGACCGUCCGGGUGUGGGAUAUUGGCGCUCUCAGGAAGAAGUCGUCGUCCCCAGCCGAUGACAUCAUGCGUCUCACCCAGAUGAACACUGAUCUGUUUGGAGGCAUCGAUGCUGUGGUCAAGUAUGUCUUGGAGGGUCAUGACCGCGGGGUCAACUGGGCCUCGUUUCAUCCUACCCUGCCACUUAUUGUUUCUGGGGCAGAUGACCGGCAAGUGAAACUCUGGAGGAUGAAUGAUACAAAGGCAUGGGAGGUUGAUACUCUUAGAGGUCACAUGAACAAUGUCUCCUGUGUAUUGUUCCACGCGAAGCAGGACAUCAUCGUAUCCAACUCAGAAGACAAGAGUAUCCGUGUCUGGGAUGCCACAAAGAGAACUGGUAUCCAGACAUUCAGGCGGGAGCAUGACCGCUUCUGGGUCCUUGCUGCUCACCCUGAAAUGAAUCUUCUUGCAGCUGGUCAUGAUAGUGGCAUGAUUGUGUUUAAGUUGGAGAGAGAGCGCCCAGCUUUCGCCGUUAGUGGUGAUACAGUUUUCUAUGUGAAGGACCGCUUCCUCCGUUUCUAUGAGUACUCUACACAGAAGGAGGUCCAGGUGGCUCCGAUAAGAAGGCCUGGGUCAGUCAGCUUGAAUCAGUCACCAAGGACAUUAUCAUAUAGCCCAACUGAGAAUGCUGUCUUGAUCUGCUCUGAUGUUGAUGGGGGCUCAUAUGAACUCUUCAUUGUUCCUAAAGAUUCUGCUGGCAGGGCCGAUUAUUUGCAGGAUGCAAAGAAGGGAUCUGGCGGUUCUGCAGUUUUCAUAGCCCGGAACCGGUUUGCAGUCCUGGAGAAGAGCAGCAACCAGGUUUUAGUGAAGAGUCUUAAGAAUGAGAUUGUGAAGAAAAGCCCUCUUCCUAUCGCAACUGAUGUUAUUUACUAUGCUGGAACCGGUAACAUAUUGUGCAGAGCUGAAGACAGGGUGGCCAUCUUUGAUUUGCAGCAGCGGCUUGUUCUUGGUGAACUCCAGGCAUCUGCUGUUAAGUAUGUGAUCUGGUCAAAUGAUAUGGAGUCUGUUGCACUUCUCAGCAAACAUGCUGUGGUCAUUGCAAACAAGAAGCUUGUCCAUCGCUGCACACUUCACGAAACCAUACGUGUAAAGAGUGGUGCCUGGGAUGAAAAUGGUGUGUUCAUAUAUUCCACUCUGAACCAUAUCAAGUACUGCCUUCCUAAUGGGGACAGUGGCAUUAUCAAAACACUUGAUGUGCCUAUUUACAUAACCAAGGUUGCAGGGAACACCAUUGCCUUCCUGGACCGUGAUGGAAAGAACAAGAUUAUUACAGUUGAUGCUUCUGAAUACAUUUUCAAGCUGGCCCUUCUACGGAAGCGCUAUGAUCAUGUUAUGAGUAUGAUUAAGAACUCACAGCUGUGUGGGCAGGCGGUCAUUUCUUAUCUGCAACAGAAAGGAUUUCCAGAAGUUGCUCUCCACUUUGUGAAAGAUGAAAAGACCAGAUUUAACUUGGCCCUUGAAAGCGGGAACAUCCAAAUCGCCGUUGCUUCCGCAAAGGAGCUUGAUGACAAGGAUCACUGGUACAGGUUGGGAAUCGAGGCUCUGAGGCAGGGAAAUGUUGGUAUUGUUGAAUAUGCAUACCAGCGGACAAAGAAUUUUGACAGGCUUGCUUUUCUUUAUCUCCUAACUGGUUACUUGGACAAGGUGGGCUUUAUGUCUAAGAUAGCUGGGCAGAAUAACAAUUUGAUGGGCCAGUUCCACAAUGCAUUGUAUCUUGGAGAUGCUAAGAAAAGAGUUGAGAUCUUGGAGAAUGCAGGACAGCUACCUCUAGCAUAUGUGACUGCUGCCACUCAUGGGCUCACUGAAAUUGCUGAUAGGCUUGCUGGUGAGUUAGGUGAAGAUGUGCCUUCUCUACCUGAAGGGAAAACUAGAUCACUUUUAAUCCCUCCAGCACCUCUCACAUCCUGUGGUGAUUGGCCAUUGUUGAGGGUGAUGCGUGGUAUUUUUGAGGGUGGACUAGAUGCUACUGGGAGGGCAGAGCAGGAGGAAGAUUAUGAUGAUGCUGGUGGUGAUUGGGGUGAUGAAGACCUGGAAAUUGUUGAUGCAAGUGCUGUGAUAGAAAAUGGAGAUGCUGGCCAUGCCGAUGAAAGUGAAACAAAUGAAGAGGAUGGGGAAGAGGAAGGUGGCUGGGACCUGGAAGAUCUGGAAUUGCCGCCGGAGGCAGAUACACCAAAAGCUACUGGUGCGGCCCGUUCUGCUUUGUUUGUGGCUCCCACACCUGGCAUGCCUGUCAGUCAAAUUUGGACUCAGAAGUCAUCUCUUGCUGGGGAGCAUGCUGCAGCUGGGAAUUUUGACACAGCAAUGCGUCUGCUUAGCCGCCAAUUGGGCAUCAAGAACUUUGCUCCUCUGAAGGCCUUGUUUCUUGAUGCGCAUAUGGGCAGUCACACCUUUCUGCGUGCAUUUGCAAGUGCUCCAGUAAUACCUGUUGCUGUUGAGAAAGGCUGGAGUGAAUCUGCUAGUCCCAAUGUGAGGGGCCCACCUGCACUUGUGUUUAGCUUCGCGCAAAUGGACGACAAGCUGAAGGCCGCAUACAAAGCCACAACCGAGGGCAAAUUCCCAGAAGCACUGAGGCAGUUCCUCAACAUCCUAUACACCAUCCCUCUUCUCGUCGUCGACUCGCGGAGAGAGGUCGAUGAAGUGAAGGAGCUUAUCGAGAUAGUGAGGGAGUACGUCCUUGGUCUCAGGAUGGAAGUCAAGAGGAAGGAGCUGAAAAACGACGCCACCCGGCAACAGGAGCUGGCUGCCUACUUCACCAACUGCAAGCUACAGAAGGUCCACAUGCGCCUGGUCCUCACCAGCGCCAUGGGCCUCUGCUUCAAGGGCGGGAACUACGCCACCGCGGCAAACUUUGCCCGCAUGCUCCUGGACAAUGGCCCGAACGAGGCCCAGGCAAAGAAGGCCCGACAGGUCCUGCAGGCCUGCGGUGACAGGAAGGACGCCCACCAGCUGAACUACGACUUCAGAAACCCGUUCGUCGUCUGCGGGGCAACCUUUGUCCCGAUCUACCGCGGGCAGAAGGACGUCUCCUGCCCCUACUGCGCGUCCCGGUUCGUGCCCUCAGUCGAGGGUCAGCUGUGCAGCAUAUGCGAGCUCUCGGUGGUCGGGGCGGACGCCUCAGGCCUCCUCUGCUCCCCUACACAAUCGAGAUAAGAUAAGUGGCAACGACGACUAUUGUGGCUUCACCUCCGUGUUCAUCAUGUUUGUAUCUCCAGUUCGAAGACUGUUGUGUCAGUUAUAUUCUACCUACCAGAGAUUUUUAUCACCCAACUUGCGAGGAAUAAGUAUAGUAUAAUUGGUUCCAUUGCGUCGUUUCUUCCCCCUUUUUUUUGCGUCAUCGAUUGAUCUCGGCCUGAUACGGCUGCGGUUGGUCAAUCAUCAACAAACGGUGUAGGAUUUUUGGACAGAUCCAUAUUUUUAGGGCACAAUGAUGAUGUAUUUAAUCUGGAUCUCAUUAUAUGAUGUUUGUGUAUGCUUGGCUGA